CUUUAAAAGGAAACAAUCAAAAAAAUAUUAAAUUGGUCGAAGACAUUAAGCGCUUGAAAAAUGAAAUUAAAAAUUAUAAAAUCGUUAGCACUUCGAUUAGCUCUGAGACUCAAAAAAAUAAUUUCUCAAAGCAUAACUUCCAGUAG